AAACUCUCCCUCCUGCCUGCACUUUCUGGUCUGUUCAGACUGUGAUCCUUCAGUAUCCAUAGCUGUUCACCAUGUCUAUGUCUUUUUCUUUAUCCUCUUCCAGACUCUCUGGGGGAUAUGGAGGUCUUGGCAUGGCUCGGGCUGGUGCAGGUGGUGGGGCUAGACUGGGUCUGGGGCUAGGAAGUGGUGCUGGCUUUGGUGCAGGGCUUGGCCUUGGAGGAGGAUUGGGCUUUGGUGGCAGUGGAGGCUUUGGCCUUGGCAUUGGUGGAGGUGUAGGAGCUGGUGCAGGACUGGCACUGGGUGGUGGUGGUGGUGGGGCACUGGUUGCCAGUCCUGCAUUCGCUAUGGGUCGUGCCAUUGCUGCAGGAGGGCUCAGUACAAGCUCUGCACUUGCCGCUGGCUCAGGAUCAGGUGCUGCUGUGGCCCCGAUACUUUCCAGACAGGCUGAGAAGCACAUGCUUUCUGGGCUCAAUGAUCGUUUCUCUGGGUAUAUGGCCAAAGUACGGGCGCUACAGCAAGAGAAUGCAGCUCUGGAGGCCAAGCUGUCCCAGUUGACUGGGGGGACAGACGUGUCCCAAGAAUCAUCUGGGAGUUCCACACUGGAGUAUGAGGCCCAGCUGAGUGAAUAUCGCAGCACACUGGAAACUCUCAAUAUUGACACUGUCAAGCUGGAGAUUGAGCUGGACAAUGUCCGUGGCACUGCCCAUGAACUGAAGGCUAAGCUUGACUUUGAACAAGGAGUGAAGUUUCAACUUGAGUCUGACAUUGCUGCCAUGAAAAAGGACAUUGAAAUGGCCUCUGACCUAAGAAUCGAUUUGGAUGCCAAAUAUUCUAGCCUGAAAAAUGAACUGGAAUUUGUCAGCAAAAUGCAGGAGGAGGAACUGUCUUCUUUGCAAUCCAAACUGGGCACAACAACAAUGGACACUUCAGUCUCAAUGAUUGAAGUAGACACUGGCAAGUCAUUUGACAUCUCUACAGCACUCAACAAGAUGCGAGAGGAAUAUGAGAAAUCUGUGCAUCAACACAGAGAAGAGGCUGAGGCUUACUACAAACUCAAGAUGGACGAGAUACAGACGACCAAUGCCAAAAACACAGAGGCUGUGUCAUCGACUAAAACUGAGAUCACAGCAGCCAGGAAAGAGCUGCAGACACUGAGUUUAGAGCUGCAGGGUCUUGUUGCUACUAAUAUGAGUCUAGAGCAGAGUUUAGCAGAAGCCCAGGCCCAGUCCAGUGUGGGUGUUGCUGAGUACCAGGCACAGAUCGCUAGCCUGACAUCAGCCAUAGAGGUGGCUAAAGCAGAUCUCCACAAACAGAUCCUUGCCUACCAAGAGCUGCUGGACAUCAAACUUGCCCUAGAUGUCGAGAUCUCCACCUACAGAAAACUGCUGGAAGGAGAUGACUUCAAAAUGCCAGAGUUCACAGAGACAUCCUACACUUUUUCAGGGAGGGCUUUGCCCUACACCAGCACCCCCCAGGACUCCACCCUUAACUCUGCCCUAAAGAACAUACAUACUAGAUACUUCCUGACAGCGGGUCAAAUACAGGUCAAAGAAAUUAUUACAACAGAGACAUCAGUCAUUUCUGACGCUGAUGAUACCGAAUCCUCUUGAUUGCUGGGAGGCAUCCAGUCAAUGCAGGCUUGAUAAAUGCAGACCCGUGCAAGACACAUCCAAUCCAAAAAUGUGGAGUUCCAUCGUCUGUUCCUUCAAUAAAGCUGUAUUUCUGAUGUAACCCUU